AUAUGCAAAUUAUGAGAUUGGUCUUUCAUUUUUCUACUUUUAACAGUCAUUGAAUCUUACGUUACAAUUACAUGUAUUAUGUGGAAAUUUUUUUUAAAAAAUCUUGUUUUUUUUUAAUAUAUGUAUCAAUCAUGUAGGAGCAAUCAACUCCGACCCUUCAGAACUGGCUCAGCAAAUCCUUAAUCUUUUCUCUCUCUCAUUAGUGUCUCUAGCAACAAUGUCUCUUACAACAAGUUUGUCUCCAAACUGCAGUGGAACAGAUACUGUGGUAGCAACGACACCCUUAGUUACCUUUCUUGUACGUGUCCAAGAAACUGCCCUCGGGACUUUUGGAGAGGAAGACUUUGACCCAAAACUUUACGUUGAUUUGUCAUUAAAAUUCAAUCUUUCAAAGACACAGAAAGCUUUUGAUGAGCUACCAAGAAGCGGUGAAAACGGGACUGUUUCAGUUGAAGAUUUGAAGGUGUUUAUCGCAACCUACUUUGAUGAUGCAGCGGAUGAUCUUGUUUACUAUGAUCCAGUGGAUUUUGUUCCUGAACCAGAAGGGUUCUUGCCUAAGGUGAAGAACCCAGAAGUGAGGUCAUGGGCUCUUGAGGUCCAUGCUUUAUGGAAGAAUUUGAGUAGAAAAGUCUCUGAUGGGGUCCUUGAACACUCUGAAUUACACACUUUACUUCCCUUGCCCGAGGCAGUGGUUGUGCCUGGUUCACGUUUUAGAGAGGUUUAUUAUUGGGAUUCUUAUUGGGUAAUUCGGGGCUUGUUGGCAAGUAAAAUGUAUGAGACUGCAAAAGCAAUCGUGACCAAUCUCAUUUUCCAUGUGGAUACAUACGGCUAUGUUCUUAAUGGUGGAAGGGCCUAUUAUACCAACAGGAGCCAACCUCCCCUCCUGAGUGCAAUGGUUUAUGAGAUAUAUAAUAGGACUUGUGAUGUGGAAUUGGUUAGAAAGGCUCUUCCUGCAUUGCUAAAAGAACAUGCCUUUUGGAACUCUGAGAUACAUAAGGUCACCAUCCAGGAUGCUCAAGGUUGCAAUCACAACUUAAGUCGGUAUUAUGCAAUGUGGAACAAACCCAGGCCCGAACGUUCUAGAAAAGAUAAGGAAGCUGCUUCCAAGUUCUUGGGUAAUUCUGAGAAACAACAGUUUUACCGUGAUGUGGCUUCAGCUGCUGAAUCCGGAUGGGAUUUUAGUACAAGAUGGAUGAGGAAUACUUCAGAAUUCAGUACGAUGUCCACGACAUCAAUUUUACCAGUUGAUUUAAAUGUUUACAUACUCAAGAUGGAACUAGAUAUUGCUUUUUUUGCGAAUGUCCUUGGGAACAAAAGCACAGUGGAGAGUUUCUUGGAAGCUGCCGAAGCAAGAAAAAACGCAAUCAAUUCUGUUUUCUGGAAUGACGAGAUGGGACAGUGGCUCGAUUACAGACUCACUAAUGGCACUAUAUGCAAGGAAUCUGAAACAUGGCAAGCUUGUAACCAAAAUCAGAAUGCAUAUGCUUCGAAUUUUAUUCCUUUGUGGAUAGAUUUGUUCCAUGCAGAUGCUGCUCUGGUGGAGAAUGUCAUGAGAAGUUUUCAAAGUUCAGGCCUGGUUCAUGCUGCUGGAAUUGCCACUUCUUUAAUAAAUUCAGGACACCAAUGGGACUUUCCAAAUGGCUGGGCUCCACUUCAACACAUGAUAGUUGAAGGUUUGCUGAGAUCUGGAUUGAAAGAAGCAAGGUCAUUGGCAGAAGACAUAGCUGUGAGGUGGAUCAAAACCAACUACGUUGGAUACAAGAAAACGGGUGCAAUGCAUGAAAAAUACAAUGUGCAAAAGUGUGGAGAAUUUGGAGGAGGUGGAUUUUACAAACCCCAGACUGGUUUUGGUUGGUCAAAUGGAGUUGUAUUGACAUUUUUGGAGGAGUUUGGAUGGCCUGAAGACCUGAGCAUAGGUUGCUGAUUGGUUAGGAAACUGAAGAUUUGAAUUUUUGAUUCAACAGUUUCUUGUUGUGAUCUUAGAGACUAUAGGGCAUUUUUUCCUCUUCAGUUCCUUGUGCUAUUAUUUUGAUUUGAUCAUAUGCUGAUAGACCCCAUAAAACACAAUCAGUAUUUUUUUCUUUAUGUUUGUUGAAGAUUGCUUCAGGACUACUACAAGUCCAUGUUACCUUUAUUUUCUGUUACCUUUAGAUUUUUAUGUUUCCAGCAAAUAAAAUUGUCCUAGUCUCUAGGAGUUGUUA